CUUUGACCAACGACAAACGACCAAAGAAGCCGUUGCGUUUGCCUUCCAUACCCCUUCGCUCGCUUGCUUUGCUGUGCUGUCUUGUCUUGUUGGCUUCGUGGUGUGCUUUUGUGCUGGUGGCGUGCAAACUUCACUCAGGAAGGAGAAGAGGACAGACGCCAGCGCACACCCUUCCUCGUGCUGCACCCACGCACGCUCUCCCUCCUCCAUCUCUUUCCAUUUCGAUUGUGCCAGCGCGCUUGGCCGUUUGGGUUGUUGGAUUGAGCGUUUGGUGUUUGUUUGUGUGUACGUGCGUGCGUGAUCAUUCUGCUGCGCUGUGUGCGGCACCGCAAUCGUCCUUCCUCUUCUGUAUCGGGACCUUGGCUUUGACCUUGCCCUGAGCUUCGUGGCAGCAUCAUGUCGAGUGGUGGCAAUGUGCGGGUUGUGUGCCGCUUUCGGCCACAGCUCAGCAACGAGACGUCGCGUGGUGGCGUGAACAUCUCCACCGUGGACCCUUCUGGAUCAACAGUCAGCAUUGAUGGCCAGCGCCAGGCGCAGUUUACGUUCGACCGCGUCUUUGACGGAGAUUCUUCGCAGGAUGACGUGUACGAGUAUGCCGCCCGCCCCAUCGUCGAAGAUGUGCUCAAGGGUUACAACGGCACCAUUUUCGCGUAUGGUCAGACCUCCUCGGGUAAAACCCAUACCAUGGAGGGCCCGAGCAUCGACGACCCUGCGUCGCGCGGUAUCAUCCCGCGGAUUGUGGAGAACAUCUUCCAGUACAUCGACAUGGCGCCAGAGACGCUUGAGUUCACCGUCCGCGUCUCCUACUUUGAAAUCUACAUGGAGCGCAUCUCAGACCUCCUCUGCGACGGCAACGACAACCUGCAGAUCCACGAGAACCGUGAGCGCGGGGUGUAUGUGCGACACGCGACGGAGCUGUACAUGCAGGACCCGGAGGACGUCAUGGAUGUCAUGCGUGCCGGCGCCGAGCGACGAUCCGUCGCGUCAACAAACAUGAACGACAUCAGCUCCCGCAGCCACUCUGUGUUUCUGAUGGAGAUUUCGCAGAAGGACACGGUGCGCGGCGGCAUGAAGACCGGAAAGCUCUUCCUCGUCGAUCUUGCGGGUUCAGAGAAGGUCUCCAAGACCCACGCGGAGGGCGAGGUGCUGCAGGAGGCAAAGAACAUCAACAAAUCGCUCUCUGCGCUCGGUCUCGUGAUCAUGUCCCUGACCGACGGGCAGAAGCGCCAACACGUCCCCUAUCGUGACUCCAAGCUCACCCGCAUCCUCCAGGAAUCGCUUGGUGGCAACUCCCGCACCACCAUCAUCAUCUGCUGCAGCCCUUCCUCCUACAACGAGCAGGAGACGAUUUCGACGCUGCGGUUUGGCCAGCGAGCGAAGCGCAUCAAGAACCGCGCCGUCAUCAACGUCAAGUACAGCGCCGAGGAGCUCCAGAAACAGCUGGACCAAGCGAAGAAGGAGAUCAAGAAGCUUGCCAAGCGGCUGCAGGCGGCAGAGGCCGAGCUCAAGAUCUGGCGCGAGGGUGGCACCGUCAGCGAGGCAGACCGUGUUGCCCUGACAGCACAGGCCGGCGACGCGGUGACCAAGGCGCUGGCAGAGGGCGAGGAGGAAGAGGAAGAGGGUGCCGGCCCCAAGGAGGCGGGCGGCAUCUCGGAGGAAGAACGCAGAGAACUGCUGGAACGCGAAGAGGAACUCCUCAACCUGCUCGACGACAAGGACAAGUUUAUCCGGGAGCUGGAGCGGGAGAUUGAGGUUCUGUCGCAGGAUAAGGUGACCAUCACCAAGCUCGCCUCGGAGAAGGCCCAGCUGCAGCAACUCCUCCAGGAACAGGAGGAGGUCGAGACUAAUCUGCUGGCCGAGAAUGAGGAGUACGAGUCUGCCAUUGAGGAUAUGGCCAUGGUCAACGGCAAACUCGACGCAGACCUCAAGGCCGCAAUCGAGCGCACGAAGAAGCUGCAGGGCGCCAUGGAAGAGCAGACGGCCGCAACGGCGGCGCAGUUGGCAUCUGUCGCCGAGGCUGUGGCGCGCCUGUCCUCAGCAGAGGACGCCGAGGCGGAACUGCCGGAAACGGGCACCAUUGUCGACACGCAGCUGUCGAAGGUGCACGCGUAUGUCAAGCAGCUCCUCUCAAAGGGCGGCGACCUCGAGAAGGUGCAAAGCGAGAUGGGCGAGGAGAAGACGAAGCUGCAGGAGGCGCUUGAGGCGACGCGGCGGGAGCUGACCACCAGCCAGGUCUCGUACGGCCAGCUCGAGAAGAAGCACGCAGACCUCCUCCAGGCAAAGGAGAAGCUGGCGCAGGAAGCUGAGGAGCUUCGGCAGCACAAGGCGGAGAGCCAGGCGCGCAUCGAGGGCCUCAUGUCGCAGCUGGUGACCAUUGAGGAGAACGUGCAGCAGAAGGAGGCGCAGGCGCGGUCGACAGACGAGAAGCGCAUGACGGAGCUGCGGGAAGAACUCGAGAAGCAGCGGUCGCUUCAACGGGAGGAGGACAGCAAGGAGCUUGCGGCGCUUCGGUCCGAUUUGGAGACGACCAAGGCUGCCCUGGAGAAGAACCAGGCGGACAAGGACGAGCUGCUGUUGGAGGUGGAGCAGCUCAAGUCAGACUUGGAGGCGCAGCGGCACGUGGUCGACGCGCAGAAGACGGAGCUGGCACAGCUGAGCGAGCGCGCGGCGGCCAGCGAGAAGGAGAAGAAGGAGUCUGAGGUGAUUGGCGUGGCGACGCGGCAGAAGCUGCACUCGUACACGGCCAUGUCGGAGAAGUGGCGCGAGACCAUUCUUGAGCAGUGCCGCACCGCGCUCAACCACCUUCGGGAGAGUGGGGCGAUUGCGGGCACGGCUGGUGGCGCCGGGGAGGAGGGCGCCGGGUCUGCGGAGCAGCAGGUGCUGCACAAGGAGAACGAGCGGCUGCGGCGGGAGGCAAAGGACCUCGCCACCAAGAGCCGCACACUGCAGCGCCAGCUGCACGUCUCGGACACGCGCAUCAAGGCCUACGAGAAGCGCAUUGUGGAGCUUGAGGCGAAGAUGGAGGAGAACGCGCGCAAGAUGCGGCGGCGCGUGCGGGAGGCGGUCAAGGCGCAGAGCGGCGCCGAGGCCCGGGCUGUUCGACGCAAGCACCCGCCCGUGCAAUCUGUGCGGGGCGGGAGCCGGCUGAACAUGGACGACAGCAAGGCGCAGUUCUGGGCCAACGAGGCGAAGCAGAGCCGUAUGCGCGACUCGCGCGUCCUCCGUUCAGAGCGCUCCUCCUCCAUCCUCGGACAAGGCGAGCCCCUCGUCGGACAAUUUAAGGAAAAGACGAAGAACAUCGACAUGGAGAAGGAGCUCAACACCGUGCAAUACGUGUGAUGAUGACACACGCACACGUACACGUACAUGUACGCGCAGGCGUGUGUGUCUUGACUGCAUCGAUCACUCUGCAUCCCCCACCGUGUCAGCAACAGCACCACCACCAUCCAUGUUUGUUCUUGAUUCCUUCCACUUGUUGUUGUUGCUGUUGUUGUUGCUGUUGUUGUUGUUGUUCCCUGCCCCUUGCUCCUCGCACACAGAGAGUGCAUGCACACAGAUAUCCACACGCGCACACGCGCGCGUCUUCACGCUUCACACACAGACCCUGCUUUCCACCACCACCAACACCACCAACACCACCACCAACACUGCUUGGCCUAAGUCCUUUGGUGUGCACAACACGUUCAUGUUCGUUCGUUCGUUCUCUCCAACAACAACAAGCAAGCA